CGACACAGAUCCAAUCCAAGCCAGAUUUACCACGCGAGUCAUCGUGCGACGACCUCGGCGGCAUCCUACGAUCCAACCGCGUGUCGUGACUCGUGAGCCGUAGUGGGCCGCCGAUGUGUCGUCGGCUCUCGAUGGCGGGGGACAACCGACAACUCUGAAGCCAGCAGCAGUUUAAAGAGCCAUGUGGUCCCGGGCCAGCCGCCUGUGCAGGUGCGCGUACCGCUGCGGCGGAGCUCGGCUCUGCCAGCAGGGUGCCGGCCGCCCUCAAGUGCGGCCCAAGAGCGGCGGCCACGGAAAGGGAAGCCAGCUGUCGUCGCUGUUCAUGCCGGUGCCCGUCAAGGCGUCCCAGAACCCGGACGACAUCAACGUCGGCGAGGAGCUGACCAGCAAGCUGCGCAAGGAAGACCUGCUCAAGCUGCUCAACCAAUUCAGCAAGAGGCCCGAGGUGUCGAGCUGGAGCGAAGAGAACGGCCUAGACGCGCGCCUUUUCCACCAGGCCUUCGUGAGCUUCCGGAGACACUGCAUGGAGUCCGAGCAGCUGCCCGCCGACCUGCACGUGGUGUUCAGCGACAUCCUGACGGGGGCCCGGCACCUGGACGACCUGCUGCCCUACUUCCUGCGCCACGCGCGCACCGUGUUCCCGCACCUGGAGUGCAUGGAAGAGCUGCAGAAGAUCAGCGACCUCCGGCUGCCGGCCAACUGGUACCCGGACGCGCGGAGCCGGCAGCGGAAGGUCGUCUUUCACGCGGGUCCCACCAACAGCGGCAAGACGCACCGAGCCCUCGAGAGCUUCGUGAACGCCCGCUCGGGCCUCUACUGCGGGCCGCUCAAGAUGCUGGCCGUCGAAGUGUUCAACAAGACCAACGAGAAGGGCACCCCCUGCGACCUGCUGACGGGAGAGGAGAGGCGCUACGCGCGCCCGGACGGCCAGCCGGCCGAUCACCUCGCGUGCACCGUCGAGAUGGCCGCUGUCCACUGCCCGUACGACGUGGCCGUCGUGGACGAGAUCCAGAUGGUGAGGGAUCCCCAGCGGGGCUGGGCUUGGACCCGGGCCCUGCUCGGUCUCAACGCCGAGGAGGUGCACCUGUGCGGCGAAGAGGCGGCCCUGCCACUCGUACAGGGGAUCCUCAACUCCGUAGGCGAAGAGGUGGAGGUCCGUCGCUACAAGCGCCUGACGCCUCUGACCGUGGAGAACCGCGCCUUGGAAAGUCUAGACCAGGUGCGGCCGGGGGACUGCCUGGUGUGCUUCAGCAAGAACGACAUCUUCCAGGUGAGCCUACAGAUCGAGAAGCAGGGCCUGGAGUGCGCCGUCAUCUACGGGGGCCUCCCACCGGGGACCAAGCUGGCCCAGGCGAGCAAGUUCAACGACCCCAGCCACCCCUGCAAGAUCCUGGUGGCCACAGAUGCCAUCGGGAUGGGCCUCAACCUCAGCAUUGGCCGGGUCAUCUUCUACUCGCUGGUCAAGCCGUCACUCAACGAGCGUGGCGAGCGGGAGAUGGACACCAUCUCCACGUCGCAGGCCCUCCAGAUCGCGGGACGCGCUGGCCGCUUCGGCAGCCAGUUUGCGUCCGGACGUGCGACCACUUUCCGGCCAGACGAUUUGCCGCUCCUUCGACAGAUCCUGGCUGCGCCAGUGGAACGCAUCGAGGCAGCGGGGCUGCACCCAACGGCUGAGCAGAUCGAGCUGUUCGCCUACCACCUGCCACACGCAUCCCUUGCCAACCUCGUGGACAUCUUCGUGAGCCUGUGCAAAGUGGAUGCCUCGGCCUACUUCAUGUGCAACCUGGAGGCCUUCAAGUUCCUCGCGGACAUGAUCCAGCACGUGCCGCUGCCCUUGCGCGCACGCUACGUCUUCUGCUGCUCGCCCAUCAACCAGAAGAUGCCCUUUGUGUGCAGCAUGUUCCUCAAGUUUGCGCGCCAGUACAGCCGGAACGAGCCGCUCACCUACGAGUGGCUCGGGCGCAGCGUGGACUGGCCCCCCGCCGUGCCCAGGACGCUGGUGGACCUCGCGCAUCUAGAGGGUGUCUUCGACGUGCUCGACCUCUACCUGUGGCUGAGCUACCGCUUCACGGACCUGUUCCCCGACGCCGAGGCCGUGAGGGGCAUGCAGCGGGAGCUGGACCUGGUCAUCCAGCAGGGCGUGCUCAGCAUGACCCAGCUUCUGCGUGCCGAGCCCCGCCGGGAAAGCCGCGAGCAGACAGCGGAGGAGCUGAGCAGGGGGCGGCUCACGGACCGCCUGCUGGCACAGGGGCUGCUCACCAAGGAGCAGCUGGUUGAGCUUCAGCGGGAGUGGCAGCGCUCCAGUCCACGCAGAGGCAAGAAGCCCAAAGAACCACAGUAGAAUUGGCCUAGUACCUAGAGUGUGUGCCAGUGACUAACGACCAUGUCUAGCAUCUUCCAGGUUCUCCAUCGAAGGUUUUGAUAUCAUUACAUGGCAACGAGGGUGCCCUUUUACGACUGUCGUCAGAGGCUUUGGCUGUUGAAACGUUCUCGGCGAUACCGAAAACGCUGUGUGUUGAAGUUGUUUUGAAGGGGAUGCAAAGAGACGAUUAAAUGGCUCAAACAACGCGAUUCCUGCAGCUUCUGCCCUGAGGCUGAGCUUUACGGGGCGAGGACCUCUUUCUCUCUCGUGGAAUUGAUAGAGUAACUUCAAACUGCACGAUGCAGUACAUGAUGAUCAAUCUUGCAUCCAAAGAACAAGGUGGGUAAGUGACUUGGGAGGCAUUGUUGAUAGUGCCAGAUGGCAACCUAGUUUGAAGUCUCGUAAAGUAUGGACUCUGGCUGAAUGUUGCUAUAAAACGGUAGAUGAGA